AAAAUGAAUUAACGAGAAAAUUAGCGUAAAAAAUUAUCAACAGUUCCGAUAGAUGGCAGCAUAGUGUCAAUUUUGCGGUUAAAUCUUUCGGAUAGAAAGUUGUUGCUGGUUAUUGCGAAUUACAAAUUAUUAGAAGCUCAUGCUACGUCCACAGCAACCACCUGUUCAUGACUGAAAUGUAUAACUUAAAUUAAUUAGAAAUUAAUAAUGUUGGAGCAUGUAGCAGUCCAUGGCAUGGGAUAUUUACAGAUAGGUAAGAAGAAACCUCUAAGAGUUGCGCUGUUGGGUGUGACACAAAAACGAGGAAGAAUUUACGCCGGAGUAUAAACGAGAAAAUAGUUCCAACAGAACCAGGCAGAAGUUAUCCAGACUUUCCAAGAGUUAAACUUUCGCUUAUCACAAGAUAGUAUUUUUUCAGUCAAAAAUUUUAUUAUUGAAUAGUAAAUAAUUUCAAUUCAAAGAAAACUAGACCUAAGUUUAUUAAUUUACGGAAAUAAAUGGUUUUAAAAGAAGUUUAAUUUGUGAAAAAAUUGUACUUGAAUAGUAUUUGAAAAAUGUCUCUCCAAAGAAGAAAAGACGGGAAGAUACAUACCAGUUGGCAUGAGUAUAAAGUUUUUAAUGUAAGCUCAUAUUUGUAUAUUGAUCCCAGACGCAGAAGAACCACGACUGAGUUCCUUACGUUUUCUUCAGGAGCUGGAAUUGAUAAUGAUAAGUGGUUUCUGAGAUUAUCAUUUGAUCAUUCAUUGUACAGCGAAACAUGGGUAGCGGUACAGUUCAAUUCUGUGUCAAAAAAAGUUGCUACCAGAGGAUAUUAUUCAAUUUAUAUUGUUGAUAAUAAGAAAAACGAGAUAUUUGUUGGGCGACGUCCUGAGUAUUUUAAAGGUCACCAUAUUCAUGAAAUAAUACAUUUUCUGAAGAGGAAUUCAGCUAGUGAAAAAGAACAGUUUUUAAUAAACGACACUUUGACCAUCCGCCUUCAGCUUACACUUUUUCUUGAUGAUAUUACUCCAUUGCCUGCUGAUGAAAUAAUUGAACUUUACCCAAAGGCUGAUCUUCCAGAUAAUUUUAAAGAAUUAUACAAAACCAAAGAGGUUGAUGGUGAUAUUGUUGUACAAGUAAAGGGAAAAACAAUUCGAGUGCAUCAAGAUGUUCUCAACAUUCGCUGUCCCAAGUUAUUGAACGUGCUGGUUUCUAAUCAAACUAAAAAAGAUAGUUUAAUUGUUUUUGAUAUGGAUCCUAAAGUAUUUGAAAAAUUAUUAGAGUUUAUUUAUUUAGAUCAAGUGACGGAUCUAGAUGAUCACAUUGUAUCUUUAUUUGGAGAGGCUGAUAAGUAUGAGCUGAAAGUACUCAAACGUAUGUGCGAAAAAAGUCUAAGUGAAGAUUUUUUAACAGUUGAAAAUGCCCAGACUAUAUAUGAUUUAGCAGCACGUUUUAAUUCGCAUGAAUUGACGGGAUAUAUUGUUAUGUUUUUGAAAUUUAAUGUCAGAGAAACGAAAGGCCCAAAAUCUCUUGAUGAUCGACGUGGUUAGCUGACGAAAUUUAAAGCGCUAUCAUUAUAAAAUAUUAUAAUAGUACUUGAUGAUUUUUUUAUAAGAUCCAAAGGUCGAAGAAUAUUAAGUGUCUUCAAAUCCAGCUGAUUAUUUUUACUCAUCCAGCGUUUGUUUUUAAAUAAAUUUUAGUCAUUACCGAAGUCGAUCAUUCAUCGAGUCAGCUUUGCAAUACAUGUCACCAAAGUGACGAUUUAUGUUCACGUUACAUGAAUGAGGCCGAGCUGAAAAGCUGCGCUAUGACGGAAAAACAAGUAAAUACUCACGCAUGACUGUAAAAAAAAAUUCUCUUGUGACAGGAGAUUUUUAAGGCUUACCACGCGGUGAGAUUUAUCUCAGGAUUAAGCAGUAAAUAAU